AUGGCAGUUUCUACGCCCAUAGACAUAGCGAUCGUGGGCUUCUCCGGAGCCAUUGGUAAACGACACACCGCGGAAGUCUUGUCCAAUCCCUCUACCAAUCUGGUUGCACUCGUCGAUCCUUCUCCUGCCGGGCCGGAAAUCGCAGCAUCCCACUCGAUACAGUACUUCAGCUCCGUGCAAGAAUUGCUCUCGUCAACGAAUCGCAAGCCAGCGGCUGCCAUCGUCUGCACUACUAACCACACUCACGUUGCUGUGGCAAAGGAGCUCGCCACGGCCGGAAUCCACAUCCUUCUCGAGAAGCCGCUGAGUAGUUCGACCACCGAGGGUCUGGAGCUGGUGCGAUUUGUGCGCGAGAAGGACGUUCGUCUACUAGUCGGCCACCAUCGUCGGUUCAAUCGCCAUAUAAUUGCGACCAAGAGAGCGGUGGAAGAAGGCUUGCUGGGCCAGAUCACCGCCGUAUCAGCACUCUGGGCCAACUUCAAGCCGGCAGACUAUUUCAACUCCGACCCGGCCCUUGCAUGGCGGAGCAGCAAGAGUCGAGGCGGAGGGGUGGCCGUGAUCAAUCUAGUGCAUGAAAUCGAUCUGUUGCAGUAUUUCUUCGGGCCCAUCGUCAGGGUCCAUGCCGAAAAGACUGUGCCGCGCAGAGAAAAGAACGAGGUGCCUGAGGCGGUGGAAGAGCACGACCGUGCAGAGGAGGGCGCGGCCCUGAUCCUUUGUUUCCGCUCGGGAAUCGUCGGCACCUUUCUACUCUCAGACCAUGUAGUCAGCCCAUACAACUACGAGGCAACCACGAGAGAGAACCCAAUCCCACUCGCAGACUUGGCGGACGAGCAAGUCGACGUCUACCGCAUCUUGGGCACCGAGGGCUCUCUGAGCGUCCCGGAUAUGGUACGAUGGUCGUACGGGGCCGGUAGGAAGAAAGGGUGGCAGACCGAACUUCAGAAGGAGAGACUCCCUGUUGACGAUGAUGCGAGACCGCCCUUCCAGCGGCAGCUAGAUCAUUUUGUCCAGGUGAUCCGGGAGAACGCACAGCCAAGAUGCAGUCCUACAGAGGCAUUGAGGGCAGUUCUGGUGUGUGAAACGAUUAGCAGAGCACUGGAUGCUCCGGGCGGAACAUUAGAAGUGCCAGAUGUCGGUAUUUAG